GCACGCGACCUUUGCUCAAGCACAGGCACGUGAGUUUAAAAUGAUUGCGCCAACUGCCGAUAUAGUGCCCUAAUAAAAGGGCUUUCUUUUAAAUGCACGCGCAGUCUCUCACAUGACUCACGGUCGGCAGUGAGAGACCUUGGCCAUGAAUGAAAUCCGGGUAACUCGUUUAUACUUCAUGACGAUCGUAUCGUGCGGUCUGUAACACCAGUGUCACACACAUCAGGAAUUAGAUAUAUUCAUAUUUCCAUGUUGUCAGCAUGGUCACUGGAUUCGACUGAAACCUUUUGAUGGUUCUUUGUUGAAAACAUCCGGUAUGCCGUUAAACUUGAGCUUCACUUCCGAUCCCUCAGCUUGUAGGAGAUUUUAAGCUGGACGCAGACAGAUGGAGGGGCAUCCGGUAGCUAAACGGCAUUGCCUACCCGGAGUUCGCCUAUGGGUAUUUCUACUUGGUCUUCUGGCCCAGGGCUUGACGGUGAAUGCUGCUGAGGGAGACAUCGACCGAUCCCCGUAUAACUUCAACUUCACGGUUGGUGACGAGGAAGAUAUCAGCCUCACUUUCCGGGAGAAUUCCGUUCUUCGGCUGACGAUCAAUCAAACGGAUUACAUCGGACGGGUCGAACUGGACAGCGGCAAUCAGCAAGUAUUCACCCUCAAAGACGGCACCGUCACCUUCUUCAUCAAGGAGAACACCACGUUCCCUUUUAGCAUGGAUAUCGAGUUCCGAGGUGAAAAUAUUGGCCGCAGCGAGCUCGUCGCGUUUGCCGCCGGGGACACCACGGACAGGACGACCUUGGGCUCGGUGACCGUCAAAGUUUUGACACCGUUCAGAACGCUCGGCAUUGUCGCGACCUACAUACUAGCAGCCUGGUUGGUAGUAUCCUAUGUGACUAUGGCAGCUAAGGUGGAACCCCGGGUCCUGCUGGAAAAGAUUAAACCCCCUUGGGGGAUCAUCAUGGGUAUGGUGUGCCAGUUCAUUCUCAUGCCGCCUCUUGCUUUCGUGUUAGCUAAGGUCUUCAAUUUAACAGGAGCCACGGCUAUCGGUCUUGUCCUGGUUGGUACUUGCCCUGGUGGGUUUUUCAGCAACAUUGAGGUCUUGUUACUUGACUGCGAUAUCGUCCUCAGUUUGACCAUGACCACCUUCUCGACCUUCAUAGCCUUAGGGAUGAUGCCACUCAAUCUGCUCAUCUAUGCCCAGCCGUUCAUAGACGGUAAUGGCCGCCUUCAGACACCCUUCAGGAAUCUGCUUAUCCAACUUUGUUCCUUAGUUCUUCCACUCCUCAUUGGAGUUCCUUUCUUCCAGCGCUUCAAGAAAGCACGCAGGAUUUGCCUCAAACUUGUCAAGCCUUUCACCAUCAUUCUGAUGAUCCUAGGUAUUGUGCUCUUUAUUCCGUCCCAGUACUACAUCUUCUUCGGCAAUUGGAAAACUUGGACUACAUCAGCAAUCCUACCACUCGUCGGUGCCUUCUUGGGCAUGUCCAUAGCUCGAAUCGCCAACUUCAACUACGUCUUUUCCAUCACGGUUGCCAUAGAGACCGGUUGUCAGAAUACUCUUCUGGCGGUCUCGGUGGCAAAACUUUUCUACAAAGAGCCAGAAGCGGACAUUGUGGCCAUUAUCCCUCUACUAAUUGCCAUGGUAACUGGAUUCGAAGGUAUAGCUGUUGCAGUAAUAUAUAUCCUCGGCCGCUAUAUCCGUGGUAAAACCAAGGAGAAAGAGCCGGCUGGGAAUGCUGGAAAUGUCGGGAACUCGACAGAAACCAAUAGUGUCACGGGAGGGGGCCAAGACAACGGCAUUGUGAACGAAGGGAUGGACCAAGAUGAGCCUCCAGGACCAGAGGGAAGGUUUCGUCAGCUCAUCCCUACCAAUCAGGUCUACGACGACGGAGUCUGUAUCUGGCCGCCAUCACCUGAGGCCUUGAUGUCUCCGCCCUCCCAACAACCAGCGGAGUUGAAGAACACAGACUCGCCAUUUGAGACAGUGCCACGGUCCAAUGAAAACCUCGGUGCGAUGGCUGUGACCGAUGACCCAGCGUGUCGCAGCAACGGGUUCGUGAUUGACCAACACGCUUGGCUGUGAAAACAGCGUGGUAACACACGCUUUCCUGUAAUAUUCAUGAAGCUCUUCUGAUCAAACAUCUGCAAGAAUACAAUCUAUGGAAACAGAAUUCCAAAAUUCAAAAUCUCAGAAAUUACUUGGUUAAUUUUAGGCUCAGAGUACUAGAACAAAACCAGGCCUCCACUUGGUCUUUUGACCAAAGAAAUCAGUUUUAUUUUCCGCGUCAUUCACGAAGUACACCUACGAGUUUGUACUUUGGGUGUCGAAUUAUGAGAGGUUUACUUCAGUGUCAAAUAGAGAAAUUUAUUAAACUUUUGCAAUUACGGUACUUAAUAUUGCUAUAAAUGUUUUUCUUCUCCCGAUAAAUGAUGACCAGUUUUGUGAGAUGUAGACGAGAUUUCAACAUGGGUUACAGUGUUUUAAAAAUAAUACAGGUUCAGUUUUGAUGUUUGUGCCGUGAACAUUCACCCAUCCAAAUUGUAAAAUGGUUCAUUUUCACUCCGUAGGUUUCAGUGUGUAGCUUGGAUGACAGGUUUCAAUAUACAUGUAUGUAGCUUGGAUGACGCGCGGUUGGAACUUUUCCCUGACCGGACUUUUUCAAUUUGAAGAUUGUGAAAAAAUUGACAUGAGUACCUUAGGUCUUUGGGGGACACUGAACUGUAUGAUGGGAGGGGGACCUUCUCUCGGUUUAAAAGUAUUCAGACUAAAAUCUACGUUUUGCCAACAACAAAGUUGAAGUUUUUUUUAUAGUUUACAAUUAUAUUUUGCAAUACUGCUAAUUCAACAGGAACACAAAAUACGUACAAACACAAUUAAAUUGUCUAUAUAGGAAAAACAGCCACAUCAUUGAAAAGAAACUCUGUAAACAAAUGCAGUGUCAAUUUAACAAAAAUCCUUUAAAAUCUAUGUUAUAAAAAAAUCAUAUUACCCAUAUCAUAUUUUGAGUGUUCCUUUUAAAUUCUAUAUUCUUCACUAAAGAUUCAUACGGGUGUUAUGGUGUCUAUCAUUCUUUCUUGAUAGGGGAAAUGAUAAUUUUAAACUGGACAUGACACAUUUUUAGUGUGAAGUUGAAUAUUCCAAUUUAGCAAGUUGAUUGCUAUUUUGCUAAGUACUCUGUGAUGUUUAGAGCUUUUUGAUACCGAAAACCAGCGAAUGUUCUUCCGUGACUCAUUGUCGGAGCAUUUGACCGACCGUUGAGUGCAUAAGACAAUCUUUUGUGUGACGUUGGGUUACGAAGGCGUGUUUACUGUGUCUUCCACUGUUUGGUGUUGGUGAUCGACUGUGCAAAUCAGGGUGUCGCGAGAGAAGUUCCAUUUUUUUUAAUGAAUAUUUCACCAGAACGCUUCCUGUGAAAAGUGAUCAAUCUUUCUGUCCAUGAUGCAACGUACCGUUCUUCCAAGGGAGAAAUGGGGCACAUCUUCACACUAGAGGGACUGUUAAGCAUGUGUAAACACCGUCUUGCUGUCAGUCUGUUGACAUGUUUAAAUGAUACAUGUCAAAAGUAGGGUUGAGUAGCGUUUACAUGCACACCGACAUUCAGGAACUGGGCAUGUAAUGUUUAGCUCUAACACAGUGAACAAAGUGAUAACUAAACAAAGAUUCGGGAUUCCAAGUCGGUCGGAAUCGAAGGAGGUUAACAAAACUGAAAGCGAAAAGUAAUUUUGACAUGCCAAAUGGAGUUGAGCCCCGUCCAUGCAAUCGUUGUACAUAAUUAUGCACGAUUAAAAUAUUACAAAAAAAAACACAAAAAACAAAAACCACAGUGACGAGUGGCUCGAAGAAAAAUUGAACCAGAAUGAAAGUCUCUCCAAAAAUGUAAUUCCACUCUGGUUUAAACAAGUAUGGCCAUAUCUGAAUCACUUGGCUACGGCUUGAAAUUACACACGAGUCUAUGAGAGUGGCUGAAGCCACUUCUCAUAGAGUCUCUGUUUUAAUUUUAAGCCGCAUAUAGUUUGGACACGGCUUAUGAACAGUACGUAGAGGCAUUAUCCAUCCGCGAGCAACUGUAUACUUGUGAUCACUGAUGGGUCAAGUUAUCAUUUCAGCUUCAUUGCGACUUUGUCUCUAACUGGCUUCAACGCCAUUUGCAUAUUAUAGGCCUAAGCCUAAAUGUUCUUUUAAUCAAAGAUUUCAAACUUUAAAUCUAAAGCAAACGAUCCAGCAGAGGGUGCACUCAAGUUCAUCCGUCAUCCUCUAAGUCGAGAUCUUAGAUCAUAAACCUUGAGCCUAAAGCAGUAAACGGGACUGAGCUUUGAAACGGACCCGUAUAAGCAGUACUAAUGACAACUUCCUUGAGUAUUGAGCAGCUGCAAUAGAAUACGCACUUUCCUUUGCACGCCACUCGUGCGAGUGAUGAAAACAGCUGAUUAAAGUUCAGAGAGAAUUUAAAAAUUAGUUGCAAAGUUAUGAGAGUUUCUAUGAACCGUGAAGGAUGUUGUACGAAUCCAUAUCUUUUUUACGAUUUCCCUUUCGUUUAAAAGGUCAGGGGUUGUUAAACGCAUGAAAAAUACAGUGUGUGUUUGUGUGUUUAAUGCUGAUACUAACACAGUACUUAUGAGAAACGAGUGGAAUUGGAUUAUUUUGCAUGCAGUGGAAGUUCAUAGUAAAAUUAGUUUUUAGUUUUCAAAAUUAUAGCAUGGCCCUAAGGGCUAUUUGGAAAUGCAAGUUUUUCAAGAGAAGCUUAAACACAAUGUGUGGGAUAUACUCAUUGAACACCUUCAACGUUUCAGGACGGAAACUGGGGCCAGUAAUGUCAGACUAACUUGGAGGAGACACGGUAGGUUGAACAGGACACAGUUUGUAACACUCGCAAAAUUCAACACAUUAGAAUCCGCAGUAGUAUUGCCGAGUAAAUUGAAAGCAACUUUCAGCAAUUGCUAGUGUAUAUGUAGGCGUAUCCGAUAAUUGCUUUUGGUUAUAUAUUUACUAUUUUGUAACAAAUGAUGGGAUGUUAAUAAUUUAUCCUGACCACUCUUUUGUAAUUACCGAUACCUGGCUCUUUUUAGCUUAUUUGCUAGAAAAGUUGAACCGUUGUAUUUUCUGAAACCAAAUUAGUUUUCCCAAAUGUCACAAUAAGUAUUCUUAUUUCUAUAUAUAAAAUGAUGCUAUGUAAAUUGGUAUAUUUGGGAUCAUAAACUGAUACUUUAAUGCGUGCGGCAGGUAUGGGGCAGUGUGAACAAAAAUCACGAAUUACUGAUUAUCAUUGAGUAUCCAAAAAGUCUUGUUUACGCUUCAUAAUUUAAAUAAAUUUUAAAAUAUACGGUAAUAUGUUUUAGAACAAAUUUGUGUAUGUUGUCCUAAGGAUAACAUUUAAAUGUAAUCAUGAGUGAUUACAGACUGUGAAAGAUUAUUUCAAGUACACCAGUACAUAUUGAGUUGUACAUGUCUACGCAAGAAGUUCCAAUUUGAAACACUGCCUUCCAGUAAUGAUGUUAUUAAGCCAGUGUGCGUCGCCAUUUUGGAGUGCGUGCAUCAAUAUAGCAUGCACACAGUGAACGUACUACAGAUUGGCAUGGUAACAGAGAUAAAUAAUAAUGACGUUCAUGGUUUUAGCAGGUGAAUAGCGAUGCAGUGGAUGCAGUGCUAAGGGGGAAAAUAAAAACUCAAAAUCACCUUUCAUUUUGGUCAAUUAAUGACCAUUUACUUCGGUUGAAGUCAACUUGUACAAUGGUAAAAUCCAUACGCACACGAUUGUAUCGGCUGCAACGGCUGCGUUUAUAGCGAGUCAAUGAAUUAAGCUAGCUUUUAUGUCAUAACAUUGUCAAAUAUGAGUUUAUUUAUCUCCAGGGCAAUGAAAAGUAGAAAUUAUAAUAGGGGUUAAAAAACCAUGCACGAUUCACAGGGCUGUCACUGUUAUUUUGAGAGGUUGGCUGCGUGUAGAAUAUUGUAAGUAAGUCUGACGUGUGCACUUUGUUUAUGAAGGUGCUGGGUGAAAUAACAUUCUUUCUUUUUAUA